AUGAGCGCUGCGGGGCCCGGCCGUGGCCGCUGGGCGCGCGUGUCCCGCCUGGUCUCCUUCAGCGCGACCCACCGGCUCCACUGCAAAUCUCUGAGUAAUGAAGAAAACUUGCAACUGUUUGGGAAAUGCAACAAUCCAAAUGGUCAUGGGCACAAUUACAAAGUUGUGGUGACAGUACAUGGAGAGAUCGAUCCUGUCACAGGAAUGGUUAUGAAUUUGACCGACCUCAAAGAGUAUAUGGAGGAGGCAAUCAUGAAGCCCCUUGAUCAUAAGAAUCUGGAUUUAGAUGUGCCAUACUUUGCAGAUACUGUCAGCACGACAGAAAAUGUAGCUGUAUAUAUCUGGGAAAAUCUCCAGAAAUUUCUUCCCGUGGGAAUGCUUUAUAAAGUAAAAGUGUAUGAAACUGACAACAAUAUUGUAGUCUAUAAAGGAGAAUAGCCCUUAGGGGUUAAUACCAUAGAAAGAUUAAAUGUCUUGCCAUAUUUGAAAAAUAUUUUUAUCCCUUUGGACUGUUCAGAAGUCAUCACAUAGUUGUUGCCCCUCCACACUGUGUUCUGGAGGGCCUGAGAAAAUCACUUCAUUUCACAGUUUCAGUCUAGAACUGUUUGAAAGCAAAAGCAAUCCACUUUUGUUUUUCCAUUAUCCAUUUUUAGUAUUCAUUUUUUUCUGAUACAAUAUAAAUGGCAGCAAUGUUUAUAAGCCAGAGUAGGUGAAUCUUUUAAAAAUUACAAUACAUGUGAAUGCAGAGUCUGGAAACCUAUAUUUCUUAAUAGAUUGAAUUCUUUGAUUACUUUUUCUAGGGUUUUCUACAGACACAAGUUUAUUCAGUGAAAAUUAGAAACACAGAUUAUCUGAGACAAUGCGUUGUGGAUGGAUAUACAAGGAUUAAAGGAAAUGCUAUUUUAGUGCACAUUCUUCACUGCAGUUUUGCACAGCUUGUUAUUGAAAUAUCAAUUGUUAGUGAGCAACAGCACAUUGAACUUCUCGUAGAAUAUCAGUAAACUACUUAUUGUGUAUAUUUGUUUAAGUUUCCAAACCUGAUGGUCAUCUGAAAAAUUUUAACUCAGAACACUGAAGAAUAAUCAUAUAUUAAGCCCUGUUAAAAUAAUCAACAUGAAAAAGAUAUAUUACUCUGUAAAGCAGCUCUUGUAUAUAAUUUUACCUACUUGAUUUUAUUGUGUUCUGAUCAUAAAACUUACCUGCUUAAGUUAAACUGUAUUCUUGGCUUUUAUCUCUGGUAUUUUCCCCUCAUGACUAAAUCCACAAGAAAGUAUUUGCUUUACUUUGUGUUCUUGUUUGUUUUCUAAACUUCUUAAAUACAGGGUUUCGUUUUCCUUUCCGUAUAGCCACUCGUAGACAGUGGAUUCUCAGAAUGUUGCCGCCUGAAAAGGCUGAAAGGACUUGCAUGGUUACUGCUGAACUAGGACUUUUUCAAAGGAGUGCCCUUUUAUCUGGGGGAGCGAGCAACUGCAGGAAUUUAAUGAUAAAUUUUGACAAUAAUACA